AUGAGUUCAAAUUCCAAGAGACGUAUCGAGACGGAUGUGAUGAAACUUCUCAUGUCAGACCACGAAGUGGAGCUAAUCAACGACAGCAUGCAAGAGUUCCAUAUCAAGUUCCAUGGCCCAAAGGAUACACCCUACGAGAACGGAGUGUGGCGUCUCCACGUGGAGUUGCCCGAUAACUACCCGUUCAAGAGUCCCAGUAUUGGGUUUGUGAACAAGAUAUACCACCCCAACAUCGACAUCGCAUCCGGUUCGAUAUGUCUGGACGUGAUCAACUCUACGUGGUCCCCGCUGUACGAUUUGCUGAAUAUAGUCGAGUGGAUGAUCCCUGGUCUGUUGAAGGAACCCAACGGGAGCGACCCCUUGAACAACGAGGCCGCGACUCUGCAGCUGAGAGAUAAGAAGAUGUACGAGGAGAAGAUAAAGGAGUACAUUGACAAGUAUGCUACAGAGGAGAAGUACGAGGCACAGUUUGGGAACGAUGAUGAAGAUGAGGAUGAUGGCGAGGGAGAAGAGUGGGGCAACGAUGACAGCAAGAAUAAAGACGUUGUAGAGAGCGACCUCAGCGAUAGUGCAGAGUUCAACAGUAGUGAGGAACUCAGCGAUAUAAAUAUGAGUGAUGAGGAAGAUGACUAG